GCUACUGUCAAAAUACUCUGUGGACAGAUUAAACUCAAAUGAAGUUGUUUUGAAGGAACACACAACACUCUGUGUGGAGAGAAAAAAAGGCACAGCGCACCAAUUCUUCCCAAAGAUUAUCAAGACAUUUUGCAGGAGAAUGUUGGGCUAUCUGUCCGCCUGUUGAAGCUCGACAGAAGUUGGGUGAUGCAACAGGAAACACAGAAGGAAAUCAACAACAGAACGGCUUCAACAGAAGGACAAUACGCCUUCUGGAGUGACCCAGUCCUGACCUCAACCCGACUGAGAUGCUGUGGGACGACCUCAAGAGAGGCGUUCACACCAGACAUCCUAAGAAUUUGAACUGAAACAGUUUUGUCAAGAGGACAUUCCUGUUGACUGUUGCUCUGGUCUGAUCUGCAACUACAGAGAACGUUUGGUUGAUGUUAUUGCUGCCAAAGGAGGGUCAACCAGUCAUUAUAUACAAGGGUUCACAUACUUUUCCCACCCUGCACUGUGAAUGUUUACACGACACCCACACCAGCCCUCUGGCCAAUGAGGGAGGGGCGAACGAGGGACUCAGCCGACUCACCCUGAGGGAUGAGAGAGCAGAGAGGAGGCGGAGGAGGAGGAAGAGCUCAGAGAGGAGUACGGGAGGAAGAGGAGAGAGGAAGAGGAGGGGGAAGAGCUACGAGAGGAGUACGGGAGGAAGAGGAGAGAGGAAGAGGAGGGGGAGGAGUCAGAAGGAAGAGGAGGAGGGGAAUCUGUCCUUGGAGAGUAGCACCACGCUGAUCGACACGUUACAGCCCCCACAAUGCAACAGUAGAGAGCCAAGUCGUGAUCCAGUUGCAGAGAGGUUUGUACAGCUGGGUUGUCUUGGAGACGGAGGCUACGGGACCGUCUACGCUGGGUACCGCAGAGAAGACAACCUACCUGUGGCUAUAAAACGUGUCCCCUUGGCCAAAGUGUUACGCAUACCGGUGACUCAGGAUGGACAGCAGGUGGAGUUUCCCUUGGAGGUGGUCCUACUGAGGAUCGUGGGAGGUAGGGGUGAGGCUACGGGGGAGGGGAUGGGUGAGGUUGUCCCUCCUCCCCGUGCUGCGGUGGCCUUGCUGGACUGGUUUGAGCUGGAUCGGGAGUUGGUGCUGGUUCUGGAGAGACCAGUUCCCUGUAUGGACCUCUAUGACUACAUUCAGAUGAGAGGAGGAACUCUGAAGGAGGAACACGCUAGGGUCAUCCUGAGGCAGCUUGUUGAAGCGAUGAGAGAGGUCCAUUCCAGAGGUGUUCUCCAUCGUGACCUCAAACCGGAGAACGUUCUAGUAGAAACUGGUUCCACCUGGCCUCGGAUCAGGGUCCUAGACUUUGGCUGCGGCUGCAUUCUCAGAGAUGGGCCUUACACAGAGUGUUACGGUACGUCCCAGUACACCCCUCCAGAGUGGUUUCUGAGCGAGUCGUACCGGGCCGGUCCCUCCACAGUGUGGCAGCUGGGGGUUGUGCUGUACGACAUGCUGUGUGGGGACCAGCCCUUCAACACACGACGAGAUCAUCUAUGAAGAGCCUUACAUCAAGGAUCAACU